AUGGUGGCCGAAACAAUAUCUCUAGGCAUUCUCUCUUUACCAGCUGCCAUCGCUGGACUCGGUCUGGUUCCAGGACUUAUCAUCCUCGUUGGCCUUGGAUUACUCGCCACGUAUACAGGAUACGUUAUUGGACAGUUUAAAUGGCGACACCCCCAUAUUUCAAGUAUGGCUGAUGCCGGCGAAGUGCUGAUGGGUAGCUUUGGCCGAGAAUUGUUUGGGACUGGUCAACUCUUGUUCCUGAUCUUCCUCAUGGCCAGCCAUAUAUUGACAUUUACUGUCGCCCUCAACUCGAUCACCGGACACGGCACCUGCUCGAUUGUUUUCGGUGUUGUUGGAUUGAUCUUGUCUUUACUUCUUUCCCUACCCCGAACUCUUGAAAAGAUGUCUUGGUUGUCCCUUGUCUCCUUCAUCAGUAUCUUCAUCGCCGUUAUGAUCACGAUGGUCGCGCUCGGAAUACAAGACAACGGCGCCCCUGUACAGGCGAUAGUCGAGGCAAAUUUGGUAACCGGUUUCAUGUCGGCAUGCAACAUUGCAUUCUCGUAUGUGAGCCACAACACUUUCUUCACAUUCAUGGCAGAGCUCAAGGAUUCGAGGGAUUUCCCCAAAGCUCUUGCGCUUCUACAAACCAUUGAUAUGACACUUUACAUCGUUGCUGCGGUCGUCAUCUACCGCUACACCGGUUCCGAUGUUGCCUCUCCUGCGCUGGGCUCAGCUGGUCCAUUGAUAUCCCGGAUAGCAUAUGGCAUUGCCCUCCCUACGAUUGUGAUUGCUGGUGUCAUCAACGGCCAUGUCGCAGCUAAAUCACUCUAUGUCCGCAUUUUUGCUGGCUCUGAUCGAAUGCAUAAAAGAGAUUGGAUUGCUACCGGCUCCUGGGUCGGUAUUGCGCUGGUCCUUUGGGUCAUUGCUUGGGUCAUUGCCGAAGCAAUCCCCGUGUUCAACAACCUUCUCAGUCUGAUUACUGCACUGUUUGGUAGCUGGUUUACUUUCGGCUUUACUGGAAUGUUUUGGCUCCACAUGAACAAAGGAUUAUGGUUUUCAUCCCCCAAGAAAAUUAUGUUGACAAUACUCAACACCUUCGCCAUUUGUGUUGGUGUUGCUCUGGUGAGAAUAUGCCCGAAGACGUUCAUCAAAGAUCACCGGCUAAUUUGA